AUGGACGCGCGUCGUAGCUCACGCGCCGUCAUUGACCCUAAAAUUCGCAUGGUCGGUUUCUUCGCUCCACCCGCUCCGAUUCCGUUCGAGUUCUCUCCUUCCGGUAAUUCACUCUCUCCGGUUAUGAUCCCUCCGCCGCUUCAUUCAUCGGAGAAUCUCGAACUACAUUCUCAAUCUCAACCUUCCGUCACUUCAACUUCCCGGGAUGAAACUAUUGCCGUCUCCAGGGGCCAGAAUAGCUGCUCCGAAGAGAUAUUUCCUGCUCCGAUGUCUCUCUCUCCGUCUCCGGUGGCUUCUACCUUACCUCGCUGUGGCGGAAUUCCGAUGUGCAAUUUGACUACGGUUUCUGUGGUCAAUGCUGAUUCGUUUGCCAUUGACGAAAGAGAGAAGCCAAUCAAAGGAGGAGGAUCUGCAGUGGAAGUUAAAGACGAAGCUGUGAAUUCAAAACAGAAGAAAGACAAAUCCUCAAAAGCUGAAAGAAGAGCUCUUCAAGAAGCAAAGGAUGCGGCAAAGGCUGCUACAAAAGCUGAAGGAAAUACGGCAUCUAGAACUGCAACUUCAGCGAAUGUAAAAUCAGCUAAAGCUGCAAAGCCCCCACACAAAGAUGUUAAUACUUCAGCUGUGGCUUCUGAGAAAAAGGGAGGUGAUCGGUCAUCAGAGAAGGAUAGGAAAAAAGAUGUUCCUCACCCACGCAUGCAGUAUGAUGAUAAGAGCAGAGUGGAGAAAGCUAAACGACGUGCUGUGGUAAACCAAACUGAAUCCAGGAACAGAGUUGAACUAUUCAGACAUUUGCCACAGUAUGAACAUGGGAGUCAGCUUCCUGAUCUUGAGGCAAAGUUUUUCCAGCUUGGUCCUGUGCAUCCUUCAGUUUAUAAGGUGGGUUUGCAGUAUCUCUCUGGAGAUAUUUCUGGUGGCAAUGCUCGUUGUAUUGCUAUGCUUCAAGCAUUCCAGGAUGCAAUCAAAGACUACACAGUUCCACGUGGGAAGACUCUAGUGAGAGACUUGACAGCAAAAAUAAGUAGCUAUGUUUCAUUCCUUAUUGAGUGUCGACCUCUUUCAGUCAGUAUGGGAAAUGCAAUUAGAUUUCUCAAAAGUCGAAUUUCACAGCUGCCUCGGACACAGUCUGAGUCAGAAUCCAAAACUUCUCUUCAAUCAGAUAUUGAGCGUUUUAUAUAUGAGAAGAUUAUACUUGCUGACAAGAUGAUAGUAGAGCUUGCAGUCACAAAAAUAAGAGAUGGCGAUGUUCUUCUUACUUAUGGGUCAUCGUCAGCAGUUGAAAUGAUACUGUUACAUGCACAUAAAUUAGGGAAACAGUUUCGAGUUGUAGUAGUAGAUUCUCGUCCAAGUCAUAGAGGGAAAAUUUUGCUUCGGAGACUAGUGGAGGAAGGUCUUAGUUGUACAUACACUCAUAUCAAUGCUGUUUCCUACAUAAUGCAUGAGGUUACUCGAGUUUUUCUGGGUGCUUCAUCAGUGUUGUCUAAUGGAACAGUAUAUUCAGGAGUUGGGACUGCAUGUGUUGCAAUGGUUGCUCAUGCAUUCCAUGUCCCUGUUAUAGUUUGUUGUGAAGCUUUUAAAUUUCAUGAAAGGGUACAGCUUGACUCAAUAUGCUCAAAUGAACUUGGUGAUCCAGAUGUCGUUUCAAAGGUUUCGGGUAGACAGGAUGUUAACCACUUAGAUGCUUGGUCCAAUACUGAAAAUCUGCAACUUCUAAAUCUGGUCUACGAUGCAACGCCUUCAGAUUAUGUUUCAAUGAUUGUCACCGAUUAUGGCAUGAUCCCCCCUACAAGUGUUCCUGUCGUUGUACGGGAAUAUAACAGAGAACAUGUAUGGACAUAA